AUGUCAAAAGUUAAAAAAAUAGGUGUUGGAAUUGAUUUAGGUACGACGUAUUCAUGCGUUGGAGUUUUCAGAAGAGGAAAAGUUGAAAUAAUAGCCAACGAUCAAGGGAAUCGCGUCACUCCGAGUUACGUUGCAUUUACCGAAAAUGAAAGAUUUGUUGGGGAUCCAGCAAAAGCACAAAUCGCAAGCAAUCCUAAAAAUACAAUUUAUGAUGCGAAAAGGUUAAUUGGUAGAACGUACAGUGAUAAAUGCAUACAAAACGAUUUGAAAUUAUGGACGUUUAACGUCGUUAACGAUUGUGGUAAGCCUAAAAUUGAAGUGACAUAUAAAAACGAAAAGAAAAGAUUUUCACCGGAAGAAAUAUCAUCAAUGAUACUUUUUAAAAUGAAAGAAGUUGCAGAAACUUAUUUAGGGCAACCCGUGAGGGAUGCUGUCGUUACAGUACCUGCUUAUUUUAACGAUUCUCAGAGGCAAGCUACAAAAGAUGCUGGAACCAUUGCUGGAUUAAAUAUAUUGCGAAUAAUUAACGAACCCACGGCUGCUGCUUUAGCUUACGGUUUGGAUAAAAACGAAGGAGAGCAAAAUGUUCUUAUUUACGAUUUGGGUGGUGGAACAUUCGACGUUUCCGUAUUGACCAUAGAUAAGGGUAUAUUUGAAGUUAGGGCAACAUCGGGGGAUACACAUUUAGGUGGGGAAGAUUUCGAUGCACGACUCGUUAAUUAUUUUUCAAAAGAAUUUUAUAAGAAACAUAAUUUGGAUAUAACGAAAAAUAAAAGGAGCAUGAGAAGGUUACAAACGGCUUGCGAAAGAGCUAAAAGAACAUUAUCGGCCACGACACAAGCCGAUAUCGAAAUCGAUUCUUUGUUUGAAGGAAUCGAUUUUUAUUCGACGAUAUCGAGAGCGAGAUUUGAAGAACUUAAUUCUGAUUAUUUUAAAGGAACUCUUAUACCUGUUGAAAAAGCUUUGGCCGAUGCAAACAUAUCAAAAUCAAAAAUCCACGAAGUUGUUUUAGUUGGUGGAUCUACGAGAAUUCCAAAAAUACAAAAAAUUUUAAAAGAUUUUUUUAACGGAAAAGAAUUAAAUCAUAAUAUUAAUCCAGAUGAAGCCGUCGCUUACGGUGCCGCCAUUCAAGCAGCCGUUUUAAUCGGGGAUUCGGCAAAAGAAGUUAAAAAUAUACUUUUAUUAGAUGUAUCUCCUUUAUCAACCGGUAUAGAAACCGCAGGGGGCGUCAUGUCGAUUCUAAUACCACGAAACACGACCAUACCUUGUUCUUACACUCAAUUGUUUUCAACAUUUUCGGAUAAUCAAACGUCCGUGAACAUACAGGUUUACGAAGGUGAAAGACCCAUGACGAAAGACAAUCACCUAUUGGGAAAUUUCGAAUUGAGUGGAAUACCACAGGCACCGAGAGGAGUACCACAAAUAGAAGUCACAUUCGACAUAGACGCGAAUGGAAUACUAAGCGUGAAAGCACAAGAAAUAACGACGGGAAAAGAAAGUCGAAUAGUUAUAAACAAAGAUAAGGGAAGAUUAUCAAAAACGGAAAUAGAUAAAAUGAUUGCGGAAUCGGAAAAAUUUAAAGAUGAAGAUGAUAAAAACAGGCAAAAAGUUUUAGCGAGAAAUUCAUUCGAAUCAUAUUGUUUGGAUUUAUUGGGAAACGUGACGCAUUUACCGGAAAAAGAUGCGACAAAAGUACAAAAAGAAGCGAGCGACGGUUUAAAAUGGCUUGAAAAUAAUCGGAUGGCGACAAAAAAAGAAAUCGAAGAAAGGAGAUCGUCGGUUGAAAAAAUAUGCACUCCGAUAAUAGAAAAUUUUUUCAAAGUAAAUCGUGUGAGACACGAAAGGUUACCGAGUUCAUCGAGAGGUUGUUUCAAUGAAGAUUUCAACACGUGUUUUUUAAAAGAAUAA